AUGCUACAACUUAAGUUCUUGGUCUUAACCUUGAUAUGGUGCUGGUCAUGGUGUAACAUUGAUCAUCAUGGUACAGUUGCAGACCCACAAACUCUAUUACUCAACAAUGGUUGUAGCACAUACAACACAACCAACUUGCCCAAUUUCUUUGCCAAUAUCAACGCAACGUUUUCAGAGCUGAGAUCACAAGUUAGCAAUGAAAGCAACCACUUUGCAACAACAAAGCAAGUCAAGGGAGAUGUCCUUGUAUAUGCUAUGUUUCAAUGCAGGAAUUACCUCUCCAUGGCUGACUGUCUUGCAUGCUUCACCACCGCCUCUGCCCAAAUCCGCCACUGCUCCGCCGCCGGCGCCAAUGGUGCUCGUGUCAUCUAUGAUGGCUGCUUCCUCAGGUAUGAGAGUGGCGGGUUCUUUGAUCAGACCACUGAACCAGGAAAUGGUGCAUUAUGUGGGAAUCAAACUGCAAAUGAGAGAACUGCUUUUAGUGCAGCUGGACAACAAGUGCUAAUGAACCUUCAAAUAGCAACACCCAGAAUUCAAGGUUUUUUUGCAGCUACUAAGACACUGGUUUCUGGUGGUGCAAUUUAUGCCAUUGCACAAUGUGUUGAAACUAUCACUGAGAGUGGUUGUCUUGAUUGCUUGAAAGUUGGAUACAACAACAUACAGAGUUGUCUUCCCAAUACUGAUGGUAGAGCAUAUGAUGCUGGCUGUUUUAUGAGAUACUCUGAGACACCCUUCUUUGCUGAUAACCAGACCAUUGAUAUAAGUCCCUUCUUAAAACAAGGUUCAAGCAAGAAGUGGGGCAUUAUUGGUGGUGGUGUUGGAGGUGCAGUCCUUGUUGUGAUCCUCCUUGCAGUGUUUGCCUGGCUUAGAAUAUCCAAAAAACCCAAGAGAGUUCCUAGAGGUAACAUAUUGGGAGCAACUGAGUUGAAAGGUCCAGUCAACUACAAGUAUAAUGAUUUGAAAGCUGCAACCAAAAAUUUCAGCGACCAAAAUAAACUAGGAGAAGGAGGCUUUGGCGACGUAUAUAAGGGUACGUUGAAAAAUGGGAAAGUUGUUGCAGUCAAAAAAUUACUUUUAGGCAAAUCCAUGGAGGAUGAUUUUGAAAGUGAAGUAAAGCUUAUAAGCAAUGUUCAUCAUAUAAAUGUGGUUCGGCUUCUUGGUUGUUGCAUUAAAGGCCAAGAGAGAAUCCUUGUUUAUGAAUACAUGUCAAACAGCAGCCUUGACAGAUUCUUAUUUGGUGACAAAAAGGGUUCCCUCAAGUGGAAACAACGCUAUGAUAUAAUUUUAGGAAUAGCAAGGGGACUUGCCUAUCUACAUGAGGAAUUUCAUGUUUCUAUCAUACAUAGAGAUAUAAAGAGUGACAAUAUUCUCUUGGAUGAUGAACUUCAGCCCAAAAUUUCUGAUUUUGGGUUGGCAAGGCUUCUACCAGGGGAUCAAUCUCAUCUUAACACAAGAUUUGCAGGAACAUUGGGAUACACAGCACCUGAGUAUGCAAUCCAUGGUCAAUUAUCAGAAAAGGCUGAUACCUACAGCUAUGGUAUUGUAGUCCUAGAAAUCAUAAGUGGUCAAAAGAGUACUGAAGUGAAGGUUGAUGAUGGUGGUCAUGAAUACCUUCUUCAAAUAGCAUGGAAAAUGUAUGAGAAAGGCAGGCACAUGGAGUUGGUGGACGAAAGAUUAGACCCUAAUGACUAUAAUGUAGAAGAAGUGAAGAAUAUCACAGAGAUUGCUUUGCUUUGCACUCAAGCAUCAGCAGCUGCAAGGCCAACAUUGUCUGAAGUAGUAGUGCUUCUCAAAAGCAAGAGCUUACUUGAACAUAUGAGACCUUCAAUGCCUGUAUUUGUGAAUUCGAAUUUAAGGUCCAGGAGAGAAGAUAUUUCUGCCACAACUGGUUCCUCUACAUCUAAUGCUACUGCCUCCACUUCUAUGGCAUCAGCUAGAUGA